ACAGCUGCUGACUCUGAGGCUCAUCUCAGUCAGUCAUGGGUCGUCCUGGGAUCCACAUGUGGACAUGGACACUUUGUGUCUUCUUGAGUUGGAUGUCUGUGGGUCAAGCAGUGGCAGGACCGCAGUACAUGGUAGCCAUUCCUGCGAUUCUUGAAGCUGGAGCUGAGACCAAAUUCUGUGCAAGUCUCCUGCAGCCCAAGGAGGCUUUGGUCAUGACUGUCACGUUGAUGUCUCAAGAUGAGAACACAACCCUCCUCCAGAAGACGUCCAGUGAAGAGUUUCACAUCUGUGUUCCAUUUAAGGUUCCUUUAGUGCAGAAGGAAGUGGUGCAGAAGUUUGAGGUGGACGUACGAGGCGAUACAUUUCACUCAACAGAAGUCAGGAGAGUCAUGAUCAGAGUCUAUAAACCAAUGACAUUCAUCCAAACUGAUAAACCAAUCUACCUGCCUGGACAAACAGUCCAUUUCAGAGUCAUCACACUUGACACCAAGUUAAGACCUGCCAAUCAGCUGUACAAUAUCAUUGAAAUUAAGGAUGCUCACCAAAACAGGAUUGGACAGUGGCUGAACAAAAUGUCAAAUGGUAAAAUAUUACAGCUUUCUUACCCCUUACACUCUGAGGCCAACGAAGGAAUCUACAUCCUUAGUGUGUCAGUUAAUAAAACGAAAACACUUCACAGCUUCAAGGUGGAUAAAUAUGUUUUGCCAAGGUUUGACGUAAAAAUAAAUGCACCUGAUGAAAUAAGCAUUAUACAGGAGGAAUUUGAAGCUGAAGUAUGUGCAAAAUAUACAUAUAGACAGUCUGUUGCGGGCAGUGUUGAUCUUCAGGUGUGCCGACCUCUUGAGCGCUCUGAUAAAACAUGUUACAAAGAGACAAAACAGGCAGACAUGAAAGGCUGCACCACUUUUACCAUCAAGAUGACCACUUUCAAAAAACUGGACCAAAGGCUAAUGCACAGCAUAUUGGAUCUCUCUGCCAAAGUAGAAGAGGAGGGAACUGGUAUUUCAUUUUCACAAGAAAAAAAAAUACAGAUUUCUUUUGUUGUUGGAAAGCUGUCCUUCAUUGACACACCCAAGCUUUAUGACCAAGGAUCAACUGUGGAGGGAAAAAUUAAAGCGGUCCUCUACAAUAAUAGACCUAUUCCUGACAUGCUGGUGUAUCUGCACAUCAGGAAUUCAAGUUUUUCAAAACUGCAGAACCUCACAACAGAUAGCGAUGGUGUCGCUGCUUUCUCAUUUAGCACAGCUGAUGUGAAUGGGGACAUCCGCCUCCUUGCCAGCCCAAAAUUAAAGCCGGAGAUCCAGAGUCCUAAAACUCCAUUUUAUCUCACUGAAGAUCACACAUUGUCUAUGGCCCGGCCUUCUUCUCCUGAAACUGAAACUAUGAGCUCCCUGGAGGUGAAGAGGCAAGAAAAAACACUUCCCUGUGACAGUGAUCAAGACAUCUUUAUCAAAUACACUGUAGUUGGAGAGGCCCAGGGCUCUGUGGACGUCAUGUAUCUGGUCUUAUCCAGGGGAGCCAUUGUCAUGCAAGGACUUAAACAGGCUGAAGUGCUUGAUAAAUCAGUGACUGAGGGUGAGGUGUCCUUUAAGUUGAAAGUGUCUGCAGAGAUAGCACCAGUAGUCCAGGUUGUGGCUUAUGCUGUCCUCCCCAGUGAGACUGUGAUUGCCAACAGUUCUGACUUCUCCACUGAGAAAUGUUUUAGUCACAAGGUGUCGCUGGAGUUUUCUCCAUCCUCAGCUGUUCCAGGAGAGGAGACCACCAUGCAGAUGACGGCCCAGCCAGACUCUCUGUGCGGUGUGAGUGCUGUCGAUCAAAGCGUCCUCAUCAAAGAGCCUGGGGAAACUCUGAAUGCUGACAAGAUAUUUGAUUUGUUGCCUCUUAAAAAAGCACCCCAGAUUUCAUAUGAGCUUCAAGAUCCUGAUGAAUGCUUUCAUGUGAGACCUAGAAGACAGCUUUUGCCAUACUCUGAAUGGGAUGAGAAAAAAUAUGCUCAUGAGGUUUUUCAGGAUGUAGGGCUGAAGCUAGCAACUAAUUUGAUUGUUCGAAUGCCUACAUGCCUCAAGUUUAGAGGAGAAGACUACCACCGCAACCCAUUCUCUCUAUAUGGUGUUCGAUAUGGGCAUGUACCCACAACAUUGAGCAGUAAGAAGAGAGUGAGACCUUUCAGGAGAAAGAUGCUUCGAUUAAACUUGAAUGCAGAUACUCUUUCAACUCCACCUCCACCUCCACCUCCACCAAUAGAGACGAUUCGCACCUUUUUCCCUGAAACUUGGAUAUGGGACAUGGUGGAAAUUGGAGAGUCUGGAACGAAGGAUGUGCCUGUCACUGUCCCAGACACAAUCACCACCUGGGAGACGGAGGCUUUCUGUUUGUCCCCUCAGGGUUUUGGCUUGGCCCCUCGUAAAGAGAUCACAGUCUUCCAGCCGUUCUUCCUCGAGCUCAGCCUGCCCUACUCCAUCAUCCGGGGGGAGCACUUUGAACUGAAGGCAACCGUCUUCAACUACCUGUCCAGCUGCAUCAUGAUCGUUGUGACUCCAGCACCCUCCUUAGAUUACACCCUCACCCCCCUCUCUGGUGACCAGUACACAUCCUGUCUGUGUGGCAAUGAGCGCAAGACCCUCAGCUGGACCAUGGCUCCCUCAGCCUUAGGAGUGGUGAAUGUGUCUGUGACCGCUGAAGCUGUGGCAUCCCAAGCUUCAUGUGACAAUGAGAUUGUUAGUGUGCCAGACAGAGGUCGUAUUGACGUGGUCACACGAUCUGUCAUCGUAAAGGCUGAGGGAACUGAGCUGACAAAGACCCACAACUGGCUGCUCUGUCCAAAAGGAGAAGCUUUGAUAGAGGAAAUAGACGUACAACUCCCUGAGAACAUGAUUGAAGGAUCUGCCCGUGCUUUACUCUCUGUCCUUGGUGACAUUCUGGGCCGAGCCCUGAAGAACCUGGAUGGGCUGCUGCAGAUGCCAUAUGGAUGUGGUGAGCAGAACAUGGCUCUUCUGGCCCCCAACAUUUACAUCCUCCAAUACCUGAAAGACACACAGCAGCUGACCCCGGCUAUCAAGGAAAAGGCUACCAACUUCCUGACUAGUGGCUACCAGAGACAGCUGAACUACAAACAUGACAGUGGUGCUUACAGCACAUUUGGAACAGGAGAUGGGAACACUUGGCUGACUGCUUUUGUGCUGAGAUCUUUUGCCAAAGCACAGUCUUUCAUCUACAUCGACCCAGAAAAGAUUGCAGAGUCUAAGACUUGGCUGGAGAGCAAACAACAAGAAAACGGCUGUUUUCUACAGUUGGGAAAACUCUUCAACAACAGAAUGAAGGGUGGUGUGUCCGAUGAAGUGACUCUCAGUGCUUACAUCACUGCUGCCUUCUUGGAGAUGAAUGUAUCUGCUCCAGUGGUAAAGAAGAGCCUGUCUUGCCUCAAAGAGUCCAUCAGUGACCUCAGCAACACCUACACCACAGCUCUAAUGGCGUACGUCUUCACCCUGGCAGGAGACAUGGAGACCCGUGCUCAUCUUCUGCAGCACCUAGACACAGUUUCAGUAAGCCAAGGAGGUUUGCUUCACUGGUCUCAGACAGCAACAGAAACAUCAGCCUCUUUGUCUGUGGAGAUCAGCUCAUACGUGAUGUUGGCCAAACUCAGUGCCUCUCCUACUACUGAAGACCUGGGCUACGCCACCCGCAUCGUCAAAUGGCUCACAGGACAGCAGAACUAUUAUGGAGGCUUCUCCUCCACACAGGAUACAGUGGUGGCUCUUCAGGCUCUGGCUCUCUACUCCACUCUGGUGUUCAGUCCGGAGGGUUCCAGCACAGUGACAGUCCAGUCUCCUAGUAGCCAGCUGACAUUUGAUAUAAAUGAGAGCAACAAACUGCUCUACCAGGAGGAGCUGCUGAAGGAUGUGACAGGAAAACACAGCCUGGAGGUGAAGGGUACUGCAUGUGCUUCAGUGCAGAUUUCUCUUCACUAUAACAUCCCAACUCCGACUGAGGUCACAAGCUUCAGUGUGAAGGUCAAACCAGAGGCCAACUGCACUAACACAUCUCACAGACCCAAACUCUCUCUGAAGAUGCAGUCCGUAUAUAGUGGGAAGGAGACCAGCACAAACAUGGUGAUCCUGGACAUCAAAAUGCUCUCUGGAUUUGUCCCAGACCCAGAGUCUUUGAAGAGGCUCAAAGGUGCCCUGCUGGUGGAUCGCGUUGAACAAAAGGAAGAUCAUGUCCUCGUGUACCUACAGGGGUUACCAAAGGACAUACCCAUCAACCACAGCUUAGAGCUCAUACAGGAGCUCCCAGUGCAGAACCUGAAGCCAGCCGUGGUCAAGAUCUAUGACUACUACCAGACAAGUGACCAGGCUGAGACAGAGUACAUCUACCCUUGUUCUGCAGCUUGAAGACUGAUGUGUUCUCUGCAAUGCCAGUAUUUUCAAUAAAUCUCCAUUUUACGUAACUA